ACAUCCUAAACCUAGCCAUUCUUGGUAUAUUUUGUACCCUCGGCGGUUAAAAGCCGGGCAUCACGGUCACCCUUAUCACCCUUCGGGUUUCAAAUCGUGUAUAAAAUGGUAGAUAGAUACAUGUUUAGAUUCAUCUCGAAUAUAUAUUUUCUACGACUGCCAUCACAGAUAUUCUGAGCUUCCUAUAUAUAUAGAUUUAUAAGAUCAGAAGCAUUUCUAGGUUUUAUGAUUUGGUCAUUGGGUGGGACUCAUUGUUUCCUAGUGUUGUUCAUUUUACCUUUGACCUGUAUUUGUUGUUAGGGAGUGGAAGCUUGUAGAUCCAUCCCGUUAUUUAAGUUUUCCUUGAUGGGUUUCAAGGGUUGAAUUGCAUCUGGAAUUUAGGGUUACUGUUUUAAGGUUCUAGGGUUUGUUAGGGUCUGUUUAGAAAUCAAUCAGUCUUUAGGUCGGUUCUCAGAAGGAUUGACAGAACUUUGUUCCCCUUUUUGUUGUCGGAUAGAUGCAUUUUUCCUGCAUUAUUAUACCUUUUGAAUCAUUACAUGACAAACAAGAUAAAAUACUGUUUGAAGGGUAAUCCAAGAAGAAGUUAAAGCAUCUAAUUUGAAUAUUUUAAAUAAUCAGCACCAUCAAGGGUAAAGGGAAAUGGAAAUGGAAGCAAUGGAAUUCUAAUGAAACGCCUGAAUUUGUUCUUAUAAGGCUUGAAAAAAGGACCCAAAUCAAUGUUAUAUUGAAAGAGGAAUAUUAGAAAUAUGUUUUCUGUACCCCUCGUGCAGAGCAUUGAACCCAUUUGAUCAUUCAAUGGCAAUUUAGGAUGGUAAAUGGUAACAAGAAUAAGAUUGAAUAGGAAUUUUAAAUGUGAGGUCGUAUAAUGUAUAAUAUUUAUGCUGGGCAGUAAUCGAGAGAUGUGGGAUUCAGGAAUUGAGCAGUUUUUUGAAUUUUGGUUGACCAAUUGGAGAUGGUAGGCUGGCAGACUGGUUUUGUUAAACACAUCAAAUCAAUCUCAUUCUAAUGCCUUGUUAGUAAGGGAAGAAUCUGGCAUAUUACUGUUGAUUUUAGAUGUGGAAAACUGUAAGAGAAGGGAUUUGACAUUUAUUAUCUAUAUUUGUAAUAGACUAAGAAAUUGCCUUAAAAGAAAAUAUCAGUGAGAAUGGCUUGUGAGAAGCUCAGUUCUAAGCUUUAUCAUGGAGAUACCUAUGUGGGAGAAGUGUGCAUCUAUCCUCAAUAUGAAGAUGCCUAUUUGAUGAGUAUAAUUAGCAAGGAGAUUCGUAUCUCUGAAUUUUCCAGUCAAAGCAAAAGGUGUUCACCUUUAGUUGUGCUACAUUCAAUUGCUUCAAAUGGGGUCUGUUUCAAAAUGGAGCUAAAGGAACAACAGUCCCAACUUGAUCACUCAAAUCUAAUCUCUCUUCAUAAAUCAUGCCUAAUAGAAGCAAAGACUGCCAUGAUAACACUUGGAGAGAAUGAGCUUCAUUUAGUAGCUAUGUUAUCUGAGGAUAGGCAUGAUCAGGUGCCAUGCUUUUGGGGAUUUAAUGUAGUUUCAGGACUCUAUGGUUCUUGUCUUGGAAUGUUGAACCUUAGAUGCUUAGCAAUUGUAUUUGAUUUAGAUGAAACACUCAUUGUUGCAAAUACAAUGCGUUCUUUUGAAGAUCGCAUUGAGGCUCUUAGACGAAAGAUUUUGGGAGAGGUUGAUCCUCAACGUGUGGCUGGACUGUCAGCAGAGAUAAAGAGAUAUCAGCAAGACCAGAAAAUUUUAAAGCAGUUUUGUGAGAAUGAUGAAGUUUGUGACAAUGGAAAAUUAUUCAAAGCUCAGUCUGAGAUUGCGCCUGCUCCAUCAGACAAUCAUCUGCCUCUUAUACGCCCAAUUAUAAGAUUGCAUGAACGAAAUGUUAUUUUGACACGAAUCAAUCCCAAUAUUCGAGAUACCAGUGUCCUUGUCAGGGUGCGCCCGGCCUGGGAAGAAUUAAGAAAUUACCUAAUUGCUAAUGGGCGCAAGCGUUUUGAGGUUUUUGUUUGCACAAUGUCAGAAAAAGAUUAUGCUUUGGAGAUGUGGAGGCUUCUUGAUCCUGAGACAAGCUUAAUUAGUCCUAGGGAGCUCCAUGAUCGUGUUGUUUGUGUCAAGCCAGGUUUAAGAAAGUCUUUAGUAAAUGUCUUUCAUAAAGGAAUUUGCCAUCCCAAGAUUACAAUGGUAAUUGAUGAUCGAUUGAAGGUCUGGGAGGAUACAGAUCAAUCACAUGUGCAUGUUGUUCCGGCUUUUGCACCCUACUAUGCUCCAUUAGCAGAGCAGACAAAUGUUCCGCUUCCAAUAUUAUGUGUUGCAAGAAAUGUAGCUUGCAAUGUCAGAGGUGGUUUUUUUAAAGAUUUUGAUGAGGGUCAUAUACAAAAGAUGGAUGAAGUAGUCUAUGAAACUGACGUGACAAAAUUGUCAGCUACACCUGAUGUUAGCAACUACUUGCUAACAGAGGCAAAAGCAGCUGCAAAUGGCAAUGCCAAUUUAGCUGUUCUUAAUGGCACGGCAAAUUCUGAGAUUGAAAAGAAAUUGGAUCUGCAAGAUCAGAAUUUACUUUUAAACACAUGCCCCGCCCGUGUUCUUGUGGACAAUCAAGACCCAAAGUCAUUUAUGCAAACUUUGCAGCAAGCAAAACCGAUUGUCCUGCCUCCUUACAGUGCUCAUACUCAACCAUGUGUGAAGGUUCCUCAAUAUUCUCAUGGAGCUUCACUUGUAGUGUCUUCUAAUUCUUUACCAGCUGAUACCAUUUUAGAACCAAGUGAUAAUGGUUCACCUGGUAGAGAAGAGGGUGAAAUCCCUGAAUCUGAAUGUGAUCCAAACAUGAGGCGCCGGCUGCUGAUUUUACAGCAUGGCCAAGAUCCUGGGCAACGUGACUUCAACUCCUAUGAACCUCCUUUAUUGAGGUCUAUGACACAAAGUAGUCUACCACCUAAUCAGAUUCUUGCUGGAUUUGUGGGAGCAGGAAAGAUGUGUCAACAGAUUCUGAAAACAUCACAUGAAAACACCUACGAUUCUGAAUCUCAAUCAUUUGAUAUUUGUCAUUUGAGAAACAAUUCUUUUUGUUCUGGCCCUGAAACUUCUUUGCCCUCAAACAGGAAUAUCCGCGAAUUCAAGAGAUCACUACCUAAAAAGGUUUUUGGUGGGGACGAUGAACUCAAGCGUGGGUACAUGCAACGUGACUAUUCUUCUCUCUCAGGAAACCAUACAUCAAAGCCCAGUUCAGUAAACUCUGGAGGUUUUUGUAAUGGGAAAAAUGGAUCAGGCGAAAAACAAUCAAGAGAUUUGCAAAAUGCAGUCUCUUGUAAGCCCAUGGAAGCUGAUAUACCUAUUGCAAGCACAUCUGAGCAGUCAAAACGUGUAGAUCCUGAUUGUAUGACUUGGUCCACAGAGAAGAUUAGUCAUGAAAAGGAUGGAGAUCAACCUUCUUUGGAAACCCAAGAUUCUACGGGUUUUGUGAGACUACCUUGUGCAGGUGACCCACAAUCUGCAGGUAUAUCUGCACAAGCAACAUGUUUUGAGCAAAGAUCGGAUGAUAAUGGGAAUGUGACUCAUGAUCCUGUCAAUGCUCUUAAAGAAUUGUGCACAAAGGAGGGACUUAGUUUUCAUUUUCGAAACCAGCCUCUAAAUGGAGCUUUAAAUGUGAUGGAUUCCCAUGCACAAGUUGAAGUAGCAGGGCAAAUCUUGGGAAAAAGUAAUUCUCCAGUUUUGGAAGCAGCUAAGCUGCAGGCUGCUGAAGAGGCUCUUAAGAAUCUUAAGGCAAGCAUAAUCAAUCAACAGUCUCAAAAGCGCUUGAAUUCUAACAGGAUGUCGCCAGAUCAGCCAAACAAAAGGAUUAAGCAAGAGGAAUUUCUAGAAGUGGGACCUUGAGUUAUGGUCUUCUCAACUACAAGAAGAGAGCUGUAGGAUCAUAUGACUGACAAGAACUAUUGUAGAAAUAUUACAUCGCAGAAAUUCAUGAAUGUGUACACUAGUGAUUCAAAGAGGGCCAAAUUAUGUUUUGUUCUCCCAGGUUGUUCGGAAACAAAUUGUCCUAAACAGGACUGCAUAUUUGUGAAAUUGGUGAAGCUUUGGAGUAAGGCACCUUGAUGCGCCAUGGACAUUGGUGAAAGUCCAUUGUUUUAUUUUAAGCUGAACCAAAUGCAGAUUUUUGUGCCAAUCUACAAAACUUGGUCAGCUUGAAAGAUGUAAUCAUCAAUUUUCUUAUGUAUUUUAUAUUUUCAACCUGAAUAGAUCUUUUUCUGUUGCUGAA